AUGAAAUAUCGCCCGUCGCAUCGGGUGUGCGCCAGCGGCGCGGCGCGUGGCUGCACUGCUGCUGGCAUGGGGGUCACAGCCACUCUUCUCUUUGUGGGCAUUAUGGCCGUUGCUGUGAGUGCCGCACCCAUCAAGUGGUCGGAGCCGCUGGUGCAGAAGCUGCCACGCAGGCGGUUGUUACCGGAGGAGGUGAUGGCGCAGGAAGGUGUGCCCGUUGGCGCAGCUGGCAAUUCCUCCAACACGUGCCGCUCCGGUGUGAAUUUGGAGUGGACGGUGCGGGUGGGAAGCAGCGUGCUCGCCACCCCCCGCAUUGUCGACUUGAGCCACGACGGCAACAAGGAGAUCCUGGUUCCUACAUACACGCAGUACUUGGAGGCUAUUGACGGCGUCAACGGAGACGAUGAAAUCGGCUUCCCGUUCGUGCACCCCAACUUCAAGUCCUACGCCAGUCCCAUUCCGGUCGACAUGGACGGUGACGGCAAGACAGAGUGGCUUGUCGCCAUGCACACCGGCGAGCUGAUGGUGUUUGGUGAGGAUGGAAAAGCACGUGGGGCGGUGCAGGUACCCUCAUUGCCCAUCAAAAAGAACUGGGUUCAGAAAAACCUCACCAGUGGUGAGGCGGUGAGUUUUAAGGUUAAGCCUGUGCGGCACUCCGAGGAGGACCUGGACCGCAUCAUGCGUGCACGACGGAUGGUGGAUAUGACGCCGCGUUUUUAUCCCAUGCGCCAUAACGCCAGCGACGACAACCGUUCAAAUGCCACUCAAGCGCAUGAGGACUUUCGGCCACCCGCCGCACCGCAGCGUCGUCAUCUCGCGGAGGUCGCGGUGAGGAGAGGCAGGGAAGGGGGCGUGGAGGAUGAGAACUGGGUACACGACCAGGCCAACAAACCGGCGGUUGAAAUCGACGACCUUGACGACUUCUUCGAUGAUGACAACAUGGCGGUUGGGGACAUGGAGCUGCAGCAGGGCAUUGGGGCGGAGGGUUGGCUAAGUCCGGAGGCCAAGGCGUCGAUGGAGAUGUUGUACCACCCGGAGCUCUACAAGAGUAGCGUGAACUACGAGGGCGAGCAUGAUGCCUUUAACUUUCGUAACAUGCGAAACCCGACGACGGUGGUGGUGGCUGAGGACGAGGUGGCGGUGGACCCCCACAUCAUGUCCACACCAGUCAUUGUGGACGUGGACGGCGACGGCGAUCUCGAUAUUGUGCUGCACCUCAGCUACUUUUUCGACAUGAAGGCGUACGAGGGCGAGAAGGCGGAACUCCUCCCGUCUGGUAUUGACGUCGACGACUACGUGGCGGACGUGCUCAUGGUGCUGGACCUCGUGACGGGGGAGGUGCGGUGGAUGCGGGUCUUGCACCUUACACGAAAGAACGACACUACCCCGGCCUACGCACUCUCGUCGCCCGUGGUUGCCAACCCUGAUGAGGACAACCAACAGGAUAUUUAUGUCACUACGACGGCCGGGGCCAUUUUUGGUUUUAGCGGGCGCGGCAAGCAGCUUGAGGGCUGGCCGGUGUGGAUGAACAGCCCCAUCGCAUCCUCGGCCUCAAUGGAGGACGUAAAUGCUGACGGUCUGCUGGAUGUGUGCGCCGGUGACACUGGCGGCAACGUGGCGUGUUUCACAGCAAAGGGAAAACAGCUGUGGAGUAUGACGUUUUCUGGCGCGGUCGGUGAACACAUUACCUACGGUGACGUAGACGGGGACGGGGCCAUUGAUUUGACGUUUGGCACCACCACCGGUUUGCUCUAUGCGGUGCGGGGACACAACGGUGAGGUACUGCCGCACUUUCCCAUUGCAACCGAGGGGCCCAUUCUCGCCCCACCGCUGCCUGUAAACCUCAACGACACACAACCUUCGACGCAGCAAGGCUUCGAGGGCCUGCACCUUGUAGUCCCCUCACACGAUGGGGUGCUGUACAUUGUGAGCGGUACCACGGGCUGUGUGGAUGGCAUUGAUAUCAAUGAGAAAUCCUCUACCAUGGUUCUUGCCGAUGAUAUGACAGGUAACGGCAAGCUGGACCUCGUUGUGAGCACAUUGAGCGGGAGCGUCAUGGUGUUUGAGACACAGGCCACCUUUCACCCCCUUAAGGCGUGGAAUAGCCGCGUGAAGUCCACAAACGGUUUCACGGCCUCCGAGGGGUACGUUGGGGUCUUCAUUCAUCCUAGUAGUCGUGUGUCGCGCGACAUCCGCGGGGAUCGGUUCGUUGUGCUCGUGACCAUUUACGACAAGCGACGCGGGGAGGAGGUUAGGCGGCGCUACGGCCUCACCAUCACCAUUGGCCCACGUGUUCUGGUGCACAAGAAAAUGUACGAAGCCCCUGGGACCUACGCCAUCAAGCUGCAUGCCCCGCUGGAAAGGAUGUACGCUUCCCUCUCCGUGGUGAUGACGCUGCCAAAUGGGCAGAAGUAUGAGGACAGCCUCGCCCUGAGCUUUAACAUGCACUUCCUGGAGAGCAUUAAGGUUGCAUUUCUGCUUCCAUUUCUGCUGGCAUGCUUCGCCAUAUCUUUUGUUAGCAAACGGCAUGAGGUGGAGCCACCUCAGUUUGAGGCCCAGUACUACUAA